AUGCAGGGCAACUUGCAGGACAACCGUUCAUGCUCUCGCGAGGGACAGACCACCAAACGACUCCGUAGACUGGGAUAUGGACGCGAGCUUCCCGAGAAGAGCAAUACCGCCGGCGGCCAGCGUUCGUGGCGUCCGCCAACGUUUACCAGGAGGCGUAGUGUGUCUCGCGAGUGGAGGAAUGCCUGUCUGUUCUCCCUGUCUGUCUCUCGGGGUAUUCUUGGAAGCGUUCGCCAAGAAUCAACCCACGAGGAAGAGGAGGAUCGAGAGGAUGUGCCUAGUGGCCUGGUCUGA